CAUCGGCUACCGUCGUUCGUUUCGUUUGGAUCCUGCAAUGGCUCUGUGCCUUUCCUGAUCUCUCUCAAUUCUUCACAUUCCGCCAUUGUUGCAUGAAUUUCUCUUGGUUCUCAGUUGAUGAACAAUAAACCGAGGCACAUUUCUGGGCAAAGAAAGCCAACAGCAUCCAAAUGAAGACCCACAAAUUGAUUUCACCCUUUCGUCUGUGUUCCCUUCUUCGUCUCCAAAAGGAUCCUAAACUCGCUUUUCAACUCUUCCUGAACCCUAAUCCCAGCUCUACAAAACCCCCCAAACCCUUCCGUUACUCUUUACUUUCCUAUGAUCUUAUCAUCACCAAGCUCGGGCGUGCCAAAAUGUUCGAUGAAAUGGAAGAAAUCCUCCAUCAGCUCAAGCAAGAGACUCGGUUUGCUCCUAACGAGAUUAUCUUCUGUAAUGUCAUUUCGUUCUAUGGUCGAGCCCGCCUCCUUGACCGUGCCUUUCAAGUGUUUGAUAAAAUUCCAUCCUAUGGUUGCAAGCGGACGGUGAAAUCAGCGAAUUCGUUGUUGGAUGCGUUGUUGAAGUGCAGGGAGUUUGAGAAAAUGGCGGAAGUUUUUGUGAGCAUUGGUAACUAUGGCUCCCCUGAUGCUUGUACUUUUAACAUUUUGAUUCAUGCUGCUUGUUUGUGUGGGGAUUUGGAUGAUGCAUGGGAGGUGUUUGAUGAAAUGCCAAAGAGAGGUGUGAAGCCGAAUGUGGUCACUUUUGGAACUUUGAUUUAUGGACUUUCUCUGAAUUCUAAGUUGGAUGAAGCAUUAAGGUUGAAAGAGGAUAUGGUGAGAGUCUAUGGGAUUUUGCCGAAUGCGUCGAUAUAUGCUACAUUGAUCAAAGGGUUCUGUGGGAUUGGAGAUUUGAAUUUGGCUUUCAAGCUAAAAGAGGAGAUGGUGACUAACAAGGUAAAACUGGACUCGGCAAUUUAUUCUACUUUCAUCAGUGCACUCUUCAAACAUGGUAGGAAAGAAGAAGUUCCUGAGAUUUUAGCAGAAAUGGGAGAGAACGGGUGCAAACCCGACACGGUCACCUACAAUGCCAUGAUCAAUGGGCAAUGUAAAGAGAACGAUCUUGAAUCUGCAUAUAAAGUUUUGGAUGAGAUGGUGAAGAAGGGGUGUAAGCCAGAUGUGAUCAGUUUCAAUACAAUCAUGGGGAGAUUAUGCAAGGAGGGGAAAUGGGAUAAGGCUAUGGACUUGCUUGCAGAUAUGCCAAGACGAGGUUGCUCUCCUGAUGUGGUAUCAUACAGGACUCUUUUUGAUGGGCUGUGUGAAAUGAUGCAGUUACAGGAAGCAACUUCGAUACUGGACGAGAUGAUCUUCAAGGGCUACGUGCCUCGUUCCGAGAGCAUAAACAAACUCAUUGACAGGUUGUGCCAGGAAUCCAACAUGGAGCUGUUGUGGAUGGUUUUAAACAGUCUAGGAAGAGGAAAUGUCAUGAACGUAGAUAUAUGGGCAAGAGUUGUGGCAUUUGUUUGCAAGGUGAAGGCAUCAGAAGCCUCCAAGUUAUGUGAUUUAUUGAUUAGUUGACAAGAUAGCUAUGUCAGGGGAUUUUGUUAUACUGAACUAUCUAUCUCCUUAGUCUGGGCAUCUUAAAGACAAGCCGACAUCGAUUUACAACGCACUCAUCUAGUUGGAACUCGGAGAUCGAGAGCAAUGACACCCAACAAGAACUAGGAGAUUGAGUCUUGCCUGGUUGUAGUAUAGCAACCAAGAUCUACAUGGAUAACAAGUCAGCAAUAGCUUUAGUCAAGAACUAGGUUCAUCAAUGGAUAACAAGUCAGCAAUAGCUUUAGUCAAGAACUAGGUUCAUCAAGAGAGAUCGAAGCAUAUUGACACUCGAUUUCACUUCAUAAGAGAACAUGUGAAGGCAAAAGAAGUGGAAUUGCAUCAUUAAAGUCCGAUGCCUUUCAACAUCUGAGGAAGAAGGUUAGCAUCCGAAAAUUCAUUUAUUUUAUUAGUUUUACUCCAACUACUCAAUAAUUCCUUGUCCUCUAAUUACACUACUGAUGUAAGGAUAGGUAUCCCAUGAGCAAAGUAAUUACAAGACUAGUUUGUUACUACAAAGAUCAAAACAUAAACUGAAAUCAUUGAUCCUAAAUUUAGUGGCUAAAGCUGAUUUUUGCUGA